GGCACGACGUGUAAGGAACCUUCACCCCCGCCCUUCGCCUUCGUUCCCCCCCUCGACGCUCUCGACUGGCCUACGCCUGCGAGCACGAGAUGUCUAGUUCAACGUCGGCGUGUCCAUUGCGGUUCAUCAUCGUCGGUGGCUCGAUAGCGGGGAUGGCCAGCGCACUCGCGCUCAGAAAAGCUGGGCAUGAGGUGUUGUUGCUCGAGAAAAGCGAUGGAAUGUAUAGAAGCCCGAUAGGUAUCGUGUGCAUGCCGAACAUGGUGCGGCAGCUGAUACGAUUUGGUCUGCCCUUGGAACGACUGGAGAGGGAGUCGACUAUUUGCGCCCGUUCCGACUUGCGACAUGGCGGCACGAAUGCAUUCAUGGGCCGCGUCUACUUCGCGCACCCUGACAUAGAGGGCGACUUGGGGGCAAAGGUGUCCUCCAUCCAGCAUGGACAAUUGCGAACGUGGCUGGAGGAUCUCGCACGCGAAGCUGGCGCGAAGAUGCGAUUCAAUUCGUUGGUGACGCAAAUUGACCCGCAGAGAGCAUCGGUACGGCUGUCAACAGGGGAGACUCUGGAGGGAGAUAUAAUUCUAGCCGCGGAUGGGUGGGACAGCAUUGUGAGGCCCGUUGUCACGGGCGAGCAGAGUGACAUACAACGGACGGGACGCGCGGGGUUGCACAUGACGAUCCCGCAGGAUCGUGUAGAAAAGGACGAAGAGCUCCGAGAAUUACUGUUGGGUGGUGAAGCAGCUCAAUGGGUUGUCUGGUACGGCAAUGGUUGCUGCGUUGAAGUGUACUCCCUCCCGCACGUGAAACAAUAUUCGGUGCGCCUCCAUGCAACCGUGCGCACAGACGCCAGUAUCGUCCCAGACUGGACGGCACGGCGCCCGCUGGACGCGUCGAGGUCGGUGACCGACCUGACUGCUGACCUUGAGCACUUCCAUUCCAUCGUAAAACGACUAAUCGCACUCGCGGAUGCAGUAACACCUAUGCCCUACUUGAAAAUGGACCCGCUGGAGAGCUGGGUACACGAGGACAACAAGGUCGCACUCCUGGGUGACGCCGCCUUCAUCCAGCCAUCAGGUGCCACCUACACCCCCUCCGCCUCUAUCGGCGACGCCGAAACCCUCGCCGCCCUGUUCUCGCGCCUGUCUUCCCGCACGCAGAUUGCGCCCCUUCUCAGCGCAUACGAAGACAUACGUGCCCCACACGUGGCACAGCACGCCGCUGCCUCCGCCGCGCUCCUCACCGCGCUCUCCUUCCCGCUCGGACCGGCGGAGGCGUUCAGCGACCUGGUCAGCUUCGCACCAGACGCGCAGCUUGCGGACGCCGCGGAAGAGGACGGACGCAGCGCGCGGCUGCAUGGGAUCUGGACCGAUUUUUUCGCCGUGUGUGCUCAUGACGAGGUUGAGGCGGCAGAGUCAUGGUGGAGGGCCUGGGGCGGGCCGGUGGCCGACCAGAGCGGAGCGGGCAAGGGCAAGGGGAAGCUGGUGCAGGCGUCGCCGGAUAUGUUGGCCAUACCAAUCCAGGAUCAAGAAUUGUAGGGAGAUGUUUUCGUACAACUGCAUUCGCGGCUUCACAACACUACACACAAGUUUAGGGAGACAUGUAUCAUAGUACACGAAGCAUAGGAAUACACGGAUUUAGC